GUUCCAUCGUUCUCCAUCGUCUCGUCUAUCACGAACUCAUUAAACUUGUUGAAUUCCGAGUUCUAAUGGGCUACUUCAGUGGGGGGUUAUCGACAUCGCAACUUCCACCGUCACCCUUAUAACUAGCCUGGCCCUGGUCUCACUUUCCUCUGGAGCUCCGGCGCUAUGGCAGACCCGCAGACGCCGCAUUUCAUUCCAAUCCGGACGCGGAGACCGGCCGAUAUGAAUAGCAUAAGCAGCGCGGACUCGGCUUAUGGCUCGGCUUCUAGCGAGGCUUGCACACCGUCUGCGACUCAUGAUAUAAGCCGUGUCAAGUAUCAUGUCAAACAUUUAGAAUCUUUCGUUGAGACCCUUCAAGAGUCGGCCAGCAGAGCCUUUCCGAACCGUGGCCGGUCAUCUCAGCGAUACACGAAGGUCCAAGCACUGCUACUCCAUUGGAAAAGCGAUGACCUAUUCGUGCUGCCGGAGUUGGAAGAUCUGGAGAAAUGUCUGCGAGAAGAGUUCAACUUCGAGACCGAUGUCUUCUCCAUCCCUUCCGACAACUCACAUCUCGAGCUGAUGCUCAAGGUUGGUGACAUGAUCAAGAAGCAUGAGUCAGAGCAGACCCUGUUUGUUGUCUACUAUGGCGGCCACGCGAGGAUAGACGAGUCUAGGCAAAGCACCUGGUGCGCAACGCGCCAUUCCGGAUCGCCAUGGCUACAAUGGUCCGCUAUUCAGACUCUCCUGGAAAGGUCAAUAUCAGAUGCCUUGAUUCUUCUGGACUGCUGUGCUGGAGCUGCAAGCGCAACAUUCCCUAAUGGGAAGAGCAUCACCGAGACAAUAUCUGCCUCCAGCUGGGAUGCAAUAGCACCAGAUCCCGGCCGCUAUUCUUUCACCAACGCGCUCAUCGAGGUGCUCUCGGAGUGGAGGCACCGGACCUUCUCGGCGGCAAUGCUUCACGCCGAGAUAUUGGCACGCUUGAAGCACCCCAGGCCGAUCAUGAUCAAUGGCAAACAUUUCGAGGCCAGGUCAACACCCGUCCACUUUAUGAUGACGUCCAACCACAAGGCCCCGAGCAUUGAGUUCAGUCGGGUCAUUCCUGAAAGCGUACUCCCCCCGUCUCCCCCUUGCGAAUCACCUGCGCCGUGUCUAGAGCCACCCGUUAUUCAAGGUGGGGGCAUUGCCGAGGAGGAAAAGGAAGAAGUGGCCGGACCCACGAUCGACGAACCUCAUGUCAUGAUUUCGUUGGCAUUGGAGGAUGACCAGAGGUUAGACCUGGAUGCGUGGGAGCAGUGGCUAGCGAAUUUCCCUGCGCUCGCGAAACACGUCAAAAUCCAGGGCGUCUUCCGAAGCCAUUCCACUCUGCUCCUACUCUCCCUACCGGUCAUGGUUUGGGAUCUCUUACCGGAAGAUCCUGCCUGCUCGUUUGUUGCCUUUAUCCGCUCGAACAAUCUCAUCCGGCAACAAUCUCCCGCCUUGGACGCCACAAGCGUUGGAGCCGCAGUUACCAACUACGGCGGUAUUGAAUAUGGCGAUGACGGAAUUGAAUCGGGGUCAGAGUCGGAGACCGAGACAGAGAGAGACGACGCUGAUUCCCUUUUCUCUGGGACCACUUUCUCUCCGAAUGAAGAGGGCAGCAUUCUCGGACGGGAGACUCCUUCACUACUCCGACGUCGUCAAAGCCAGUCAACGAUCAGCUCCAUCUUUUUGCAGGACGACCUGAGAUCUCAGCCUGCGCCUGUUGCGAGGCCGAGUCUGGCACGAAUGCAGUCCGCCUCUCUCGCAUCCUUCAACAGGCUUACGGGACAUGCAUCAAGCCCUACAAGUCUGGCAGAUGCUGUAGGUCUUGGCUCUGAGACCCAUCGCCUGGGAAAGGGAAGAGUACGAUCAAUGAUUCAAAACCAGAUCGCAUCCCCCAUGAGAGACGUCUUCAGUUCCGAGCAGGAUGUCGAAGCAGGGUCAAUGUUUACGGAACGGGUUUCGCAGUGUCUAGAUGAUUAUUUCCAGAAGGAGCCACAACCGGAUGCGUCUGUGACGCAUUUCCUCGCUUCAAAUCUCGGCGUCGAGCCUGCAGACGUUGAUCUGUGGUUCCAUCACCGCCGCCAGCAGCAACUCCUGGCAAGUAAUCUACAGAACCUCCGGAUUCGCGACCGUCCAGCGGAAGCGAGGGAUGGGGCGCGGAUGAUUCUACCGGGACAUCUCCACGAACUUUUUGAUAUCUUCCCGACGAAACGAGUCCUAGUCGUCGACCUUCGCUCUCCAGCACAUUUCGAGAAGUCUCACAUUCACGAAGCUAUAAACCUCCGCACGCCCGUGAGCUUCGUGCAGAAUGCCACGCUCGAGAUGAUCCAGGAUACCCUCACGGACGACCAGAACCGCAGAAACUUUGCCAAAUGGGCACAAUCGCGCUGCGUCGUCUUCUACGACAGGCUAGUCGAGUUUAGCUGGGAAUGCCCGCUGGCUGACGCUCUGUACGACAAGUUCCGGGCCGAGGGAUGGCUCGGCAAAUGCUUCAUUCUUAAGGGGCAUUAUCACGAGUUCUCCUCUUCAUUCGAUAAGUACAUCAGCGGGAACAAGAUGACUCGGGAGGCGAAGCAGUAUGUGGAUAGCCUCCGACAACAACCGUCUCCAUCUCCAACACAGGAAACCGAAGAUCGCUAUGGAGAAUGGCUCAAACAACUGGAGAACGAAGACCGACUCCCCACAGAGCUCAUCCCGACCAAGAAAGCGGAGCGCAUACUCGCCGUCAACGAGCACCAGAAGGAGCUCGAGGCGGAGCUCGAGAUGCGCUUCCCGGCCCUCUACCGCACAGCCGAGGACCUGCGCGCGGCGCCCCCCGCGUACGGCGCCCCCGGCAGCGGCGGGGCGGCAUGGAACCGCAGCGGCGGCGGCGACGACUUCGACCGCAAGGCGCCCCUCGUCGAGCCCCUCUCGAGGGGCCUGGAGAAGAUGCAGGAGGCGAACCUCACGCCUCCCCCGCUGUCUCGGGCGCCUCCCCACGCGGCAGCGCCGUCGUCCGAUUACAAGUCCGAGCGGGCAUAUCGCCACAGCCACCACCACCACCACCACCACAGCCAGCAGCAGGACGGCAAGGUCGGCGGCGAGCAAUGGCCAGUGGUGCCGGCGGCGGCGGUGGACGACUGCGAUUACGACUACGACUACGACGAGAUCGAGAAGGACGAGGCCCUGAGGAACGACCCGGCCUUUCAGCGCGCGGGGGCCAAGCUGCGCGAGGGUGGCGGCGGCGGCGUUGGGGACCUCGCUGGCGACGACGCCCAUAGGAGGGAGAAGGGGUGGGCGGCGCCGCAGGGCCAGGCACAGUCGUUCUGGAAGCGGCUGCGGCCGAGUGCGAAGUGAAUAAUAGAGCGUUGCAUUUUUUUUCCCUACUUUUUCUUUCCGUUUCUAUAUAGCUUGGCUGGGUUGAACGUGUUUGGAGUUUGUACUCGAUACUAAGGGGUCCUGUUUGGUCACAUGCAUUCUGUGGGAGGCAGGCGCGGCGUCACGGUUGGGUUGUUUUGGUUUGGAAAGACUGGCCUGGUUACGCAUUCUUGCCCCCUUUAUCCCUCUUGGAAUCUCAUCGUGUACGGUAAACAAACAGGACAUGGAUAUAGAAAUAUUUAGUAUAUCAUAUACGUUUUUGCUACACGGACUCGAUCUCAUAACUUGCCUCGGUCGAUUCAAAAACCCGAGAC